AUGUCUGGACUGUUCAAUAGUCUGUUCUCUAGUAGGAAGAAGAAGGAAGAGGAUGAUCAUCAAAGUACAGGUGGUGCACAGAGUCUGAAUACAUCAGGUUCAUCACAGACAUCACUCCAAGACAAUCCUCUACCAACUCUAAAUGAAAUACAAAUACUAAGUGCACAUACAGAGCCUGUUAAAGUAUUAUUAAAGAUUGAUGAGAAGAGGUUGGCAUCAGCAGGGGAUGAUUACAUUAUAUAUAUAUGGUCAAUUGAGACAGGAAGGAAUAUUAUGGAAUUGAUUGGACAUACAAAUCGUGUGACAUGUUUGUUGUCACUGAAUGGUAAUAUAUUGGUAUCGGGAUCAAUGGACAAAUCGAUAAAGAUGUGGGACCUGUCCAAGCCAGUGUACAAUGAGAGCUCAAAAUCAUACUACUUGGAGCCAAUACGUACACUACUUCAACAUGUCGAGACCAUCAAGUAUCUCGAGAAGAUACCCGGUGGUUUCUGCUCAGCAUCCAUUGGAGAUAGCCUACAUCUAUGGUUUGAGAAUGGAGACUAUAAUCGUUCCAUUGCCAAGUCAUCGCCAUGUACCAACGCUAUACUCUGUGUAAAUAACAACUAUAUAGUGACAGCCGAGUCAACUAGCCCAUUCCUGAUCGCAUAUAGAUUGAAUGAGUCACUGCCUCCAAUGACAUUGGGCGGCCAUAAUGGUUCAGUCAACUGUCUGCUCAAUAUAUCGGACAAGUACUUUGUGUCGGGUUCGCGACCAAGUGAUCCGGACAAGUCAAGCAAGGCCAACGAGUCACCACGUCUCAAGAGUUUGAUCAGUGCGCCCAAGCCGGCCAACGACAAGACGUUGAUCAUCUGGAGCAGCACAGACUUUACACAGGUGGCACACUACUCGUGCAACCGAUCAAUCAGCUCAUUGUACCAGAUCACCGAGAACUAUAUCCUGGCCACCAUCUACAAAGGCUUUGGAAUCUUUGACACUCAUGGCAACCUCUUACUCGAGUACUCUCCAGACAAUCCCGAUCACAAGACAGAGAUCAAUGGUGCAUUGACAUUAUACGAUAAUACAAGGAUCAUAACAUGGGGAGAUGAUCCAAAGCUGACUAUGUGGGCUUGGAACAUGAGAGAUGUUGAGACAAAGAAGAAGAGUGCACCUUUGAAGCCAAUACCAAUCGGUGAGAUUAGAGGACAUACUGAUUAUAUCAAGUGUGUCACGGUACUAGGUGAUCACUCCAUUGCCACUGGUGGCUCGGACAACACCAUCAUCAUGUGGAAGGAUGGCAAGGAUCAAUCAUCAAUCAGGAAUCACAUGGCUGGCGUCUCAUUAUACAAUCACCAGACCAACUACUCAGACUUCUACGAUGAGGAUACCAACAAGUUACAAGAGUUUAAGUACGAGGAUAGAGAACCAAUCAUA